GUCAGUCCAUGGACCAGUUAAGUAAAAAGGAGUGGAAAUAACACCAAGUAAUAAUAAAAAAGUAGGCUACAAUCGUGGAUGUGUUUGCUGAGUUUUUGAAUCUCUAGAAUGUCGUUCCUGGGCUACGCAGCUCUGCUGUUUUGUUGGAUGCAUUGUGCUGCACAAAGAGCUUGUGAAGAGCCCCCUCCUAGGAGGGUAAAAGAAGUGCCUGCUAAAAGAUGGGACAAGCCUCCCUAUCCACAUGGGACUCAAGCAACAUACAAUUGUCGGCCUGGAUAUAUAAAAAUUGGAAGGGUUGCGUUUCAGUGCUUGGAUGGAGAGUGGAAGCAGCUGGCCCCAGUGAGAGAAUGCAAAAAUAAGCCCUGUGGACAUCCUGGAGACACUGAGUUUGGUUUCUUUGAACUUACCAGUGGAACUGAGUUUGUGUUUGGUGCCAGAGUUGAGUACAGAUGUAAUGAUGGAUACCAGAUGCUCAGCCAAAGGAAUUACCGUGAGUGUCAGGCAGAUGGAUGGAGCAAUGACAUCCCUCACUGCGAAGUGAUAAAGUGUUUGCCUGUACAAGAACCUGAAAAUGGAAGGAUAAUUAUGACUGGUGGAUUUGAGCUAGGCCAAGAAUAUUCCUUUGGCCAGGUUGUAAAUUUUGAAUGCAACGCAAAACACAAACUUAUUGGAGCUAAAGAAAUCGUUUGCUCUGCUAAUGGAAAAUGGAGUAACGAUGUGCCUCAGUGCAAAGAAAUUAUCUGUGAUGUGUCAGAUAUUCCGCAUGGAUAUGUUCGUUCUCCAAAGAGGUCUUACAAGGAAAAUGAACUAAUGCAGUUUUUCUGUGAAGAAGGAUACAAAUAUGGUAACAGAGCAGAUGCACUGUGCACUGAAUCUGGAUGGAAUCCACCUCCCUAUUGCACUGAAAUUAUAUGCUCUCCUCCAGUAAUUUCCUCUGGGAACUUUAGCCCUCAAAAAGACAAGUACACACUGGGUAAUACAAUCACAGUGGACUGUGAUGCUGGGUAUCAUUUUAAAGUGGUGACUGGCAGAAACACAGCUGAAUGCACCAAGAAUGGCUGGGUUCCUGAUCCAGCUUGUGUCCGGAAACCGUGUGACUACCCAGCUAUAGAAAAUGGCAAGUUAAGCAAAGCAUAUGAAGAGCGAUACACAAACUAUUACUUUCCCAAAAGAUUUGGACAGACUAUAGAUUACCGCUGCCUCGAUGGCUAUUCAACCCCCACUGGACAUUACUGGGUUCGAAGUACCUGCACUGAAAGGGGCUGGUCUCCAGAGCCAAAAUGCCUGAAAAAAUGUCCCAGCAGUGAGCUGGAAAAUGGUUAUUUCCCACGCCAUGGCCGGGAUGUUUUUUACAAGGAAGGUGAGACAGUCAGAUACGGCUGCUACAGCAACUACCAAGCUCAGCACGAAGCAGUCACGUGCACAAGGAAUGGCUGGGCACCUCCCCCGAGAUGUACCCCUAAAAAACAAUGCCAGACUAUUGUUUUUGAGAAUGGCUUUUUGCGCUCGGCGAAGCAAAUAUUCGAUUUAAAAGAGACGAUUGCCUAUGAAUGUCUCACUGGCUUUGUGACUCCAGAAGGACAAGAAACAGGACACACACAGUGCCAGGAGAGUGGCUGGACUCCACCUCCAAAGUGCAUCAAAUCAUGUCAAGCACCAGGGGACAUUUUGAUUCACCACACAAACAAAACUGUGUUCUUGCCUGAAGAUACAAUUGAGUAUUCAUGUUUGGAGGGAUAUAAAACUACAAAUAAUAUGCCAACUGAUACCGCAGUGUGUGGCAAAAACGGAGAAUGGAGCCCAGCAACCCAGUGUCGUGAAAUCGAAUGUGCCCUGCCACCGAUGAGCAAUGGGGAUUUCUCUCCCAAAAAGGGCAAAUACCGCAGUGGAGCCGUCGUGAAAUUCACCUGUGCAAAAAACUACAUAAGGGUGGGGCCUGCCUCUUCCCAGUGCUACCACUUUGGAUGGUUUCCAUCACCACCAGUGUGCCAAGUGAGUGUCACAGGCUGUGGACCUCCCCCUGAAAUUACCAAUGGAAGUGUUGUUGGUGGCUCUGUGGAACAGUACCAGCAUGGGGACACAAAGCAAUAUGAAUGUAACAGCGAACUGAAGUUGGUUGGAUCAAAGGAAAUAGAAUGUAUUGAUGGACAGUGGUCAUCUCUUCCCUCUUGCAUUGAGGACAAAACACCAUGUGAAUCACCUUCCUCUAUCCCAAACGUUGUUCUGCAUCAGGCAGAGCAGACCCAGUAUUCCCAUGGGGAUGAAGUAACUUGUGGAUGUAAACCAGGCUCUGGCAAUACUGAGGAGAUGAAAAUAAAAUGUCUGCAUGGCGAAUGGAAGCCUUUACCUGUUUGUGCUGAUGCAUCCCCUCAAUGUGUAGUUCCAGAGGAUGUUGAGCUGGUGCGCUCUGUCCAGUAUCCCAUGUCAAGGAGGAACAGUGGGUUCCAUAAGGUUAUACAUUACAGGUGUACAUCAGCUGAUGAAAGUGUUAAACAGGCAACUUGUGUGUCUGGGAGAUGGACACCAGAGAUUGCAUGUACAGCUGAGGAGAGUGUGUGCCCACCUCCACCCCAGGUGUCUGGUGCUCAGCAGACAACAGUGGGAAGAAGCUCCAGGAGUGGGAGUAAAGCGGCUUUUUCAUGUCCUGACGGUUUCCUGCUGGUCGGUAGAAAGGAAAUAACCUGUACAGAAGGGAAAUGGCAAUCACCACCUCACUGUGUGGAAAAACCAUGUUUGCCACCACAGUCUGUGGAAUGUGCUGAUGCUCCCAGGCUGGAAAAUCCAAAGUUUAGAAUUGAAAGAGAAGGGAAAACAACUUAUCUGGCUGGUGCUAGAUUUCAGUAUGUUUCUCGUCCUGGAUACAUGUUAGAUGGACCAACAGAGACAAUUUGCUCUAUGGGAAAAUGGUCUGCACCUCCUUCAUGCUUGGAAAUGCCAUGUGGACGUGUUCCAAAAGUUGCCAAUUCUCGGUUUGAAGGCAGAAAGAAGAAAUCUUAUGAGCCUGGUGAAACAAUUCGCUACCACUGUGAUUCAGGGUUCCUGAUUGCUGGUUCCCCUGAAAUUAUCUGCAGAAAGGGAAACUGGACAGCACCACCCUUCUGUGAAGAUGUCAGCUGUGGAGCUGCGCCUGAAAUCCCCAAUGCACGCAUUGCAAGCGCUCCUCAGGAGAGGUAUCUGCCUGGUGCCAAAGUGUAUUACCAGUGUGAAAGCAAUUUUCAGAUGGCAGGGGGAGAUUACGUCUUGUGUUCAAAUGGCCAAUGGUCACAAGCACCAGUUUGCAGAGAUGUGACGUGUGACCCUCCUCCAGAAAUUGCUGGUGGUAGAAUUGAUGGUAUUAGAAAGUCCCGGUAUGUGCCAGGGGAGAGUGCAAAGUAUCAGUGCUGGAAAAAUUUUAACAUGGCGGGGGCCUCCACUGUAGUGUGCCAGAAUGGGACCUGGACAGAGCUGCCAACUUGCAAAGGACAAGCUGGAACAUGUGGCACACCUCCAGCUAUUCAAAGUGGAGAGCUUCUUGUCUUCCCCUUGCAAGAAUAUCAGCACGGUGAUAGUGUGGAAUACAAAUGCCCUGAUUUCUAUACCCUGAAAGGAUCUCCAACUAUCACCUGUCUGAAUGGGCAGUGGACAGACCCUCCAGUUUGCCUGGUGGCCUGUACGGUAUCAGAAGAAGAUAUGGACAGAAACAAUAUUGAACUGAAAUGGAGAGCAGAAACCAAGCUGUACUCCACAUCGGGUGACUACACUGAAUUCCGUUGUAAAGCAGGAUAUUUGGAAGACACAAGUAUUUCCAGCUUCAGAGUCCAGUGUGUGGAGGGGACAUUGGAGUACCCACGGUGCACACCAGGAAGGAGCUGUGUCCUGGAUAGGAACACCAUGGAAAGGAACCAUAUCCAGCUGCAGUCACUCCGCCAGCCGAGCCCCCACUAUGGCUCGGGGCACCCUGUGUUCUUUGAGUGCAAGCCCGGGUACCAGCACGUUUCCCACCGGGAGCAAUUCAGAGCCCAGUGCCUGGAUGGAAGGAUUGCAUAUCCCGAGUGUGAAUCAUCAUCGUGGUUUGGGUAAAUGGAAAUGGCAGGAGGCAGCCCAGCUGUGGAAAUGAAAGAGCCCUCAACCAACCUGGUGGUUUGAGUUCAGCUUUUGCUGGUGUUUCCCAUGUUGCUGUGCUUGGUUUGCAGCUUAGCCAAUGUUCUGUCUUGGAAUUUGUUCUUGUUUUUAUUAUUGGAUGGUGGUUUGCAUAUUAUCCACAUUCAAUCGACUUUUCGAAAUGUAUUUACAUUUUAUGCAGCCAAAGGGUUGUGCUUGCAUUUUAUCCAUUCUAUCCUGGUCUCACUGUUCUUUUCUUAACAAUUGUGUCCUGAAAACAGGCUGGCUUUGGUGGCAUACUGAGACAAGGAUUAAAGCUGACAGCUCAUUUGAUUAUCAGCACACAAAA